GGGGCGCGCGCUGGUGGCCGUUGGUCCCUUUGAACGCCGAGAGGGCCGCUCCGCACCGCGCUCGGCUCCGUCCCCUGCCAUGGCCUUCUCCAGAGCGCCGCUCCGGCGCUUCAACGAGAGCUCCGUUUGUACCCCGCUGCAAGGAUCCUAUGAUGUUAAAUCUUCAGGUGCACUGAAAAGUUCUCUGUUCUCUGAAACAUGUCAACGGGUUAGGAAACAGAAGGGUGAGGUAAAUCUGAACAGUGAGAAGAGUGCACUGACCCCUGUAACUGGAAGGAGACUCACAUCUCUCGGAUCAACACCAGCUCAUGGGACUCUGAAGCCUAAAAAAGAUCUUAUCCUUCUGAAAGAGAAAAAGAAACAGAAGACACUGGAGAAGGAGAUUCGUGCAUUAGUGAGAGAGCGUGGAGAGCAGGAUAAAAAACUUCAGGCUCUGGAUGAGGAUUUUGUUAAGAUUGAAGCAAAGCUGAGUGCUGCAGUUCAGGAGAAAACAUCUCUUUUGGCAAAUGUUGCGUGCCUAAAAAAACAGCUUCUGGAACUAACGAGAACCAAUGAACUUCUCAAGUCAAAGCUGUCUGAAGAUGGCAUGCAGAAGAAAAUGAGCAGCCUAUGCAUGGAGUUAAUGAAGCUCAGAAACAAGAGGGAUGCUAAGGAAAAGAUUGCAUUUGCAAAGCAGGAAGACAUGGAAGUGAAGUUGCAGGAAGUGCAAAGGAAUCUAGAGCAUUCAAAAGGAAAAGUAGCACAGUUAGAAGAAAAACUGUCUGCUACUGAGAGAGAGAAAGUUGAAGAAAAGUCUGACACUGAAAAACUCCUGGAAUAUAUCACAGAGCUCAGUAGUGUUGCAGAAACAGUUGAGAAAUACAAACUAGAUAUUGCCCAGAUGAAAGAGACACUGAUGAAGAAAGACCAAGAUAUUGAGCUCCUGAGGGAUACUCUCAAAACAAAAGAGGAAGAAUCAUUUAAACUGAUAAAAGAACUUAAUGAAAGGUGUCAAUUGCUUCAACAAGAAAAAGAGAAAGAGUUGUCUGAGACCAAAGGAAAAUACCUGAGUAUGAGUGCUGAAAUAGAAGACCUGAAAAAAAAAAUUGGCUUAGAAGAACAAGAACACCAAAAACUGCUUCAGAAACAUGAGGAGAUGGUCUCUCAGCUGCAGCAAGAGAAGGAGUCAUCUGCGUCAAUGCACCAGAAGCUACUAGAGUUUCAAGAUGAGGUAACAAGUGAGAGACAUCUUCUUGAAGAGGAGCUGAAUGAUACAAUGAAUGAGCUGAAUAAAUUGCAUGCUAAGGAAAAGAAAGCUGAGAAGUUGGUGAAGCGAUUGGAACAAGAAAUCAAAUCUCAAGCUCUUGAGCUUGCGCAGGUGGAAGUAAAGUUGAAAGGGAAGAAUGCUGAGUUGGAGCAAAUCAAUGAAAUGCACAGUAAUGCUGUUCUGCAAAUCCAAGAAGAGCAUAGCAAUACAUUGUGUAAACUUGGAAAGACUGUUGCUGAGUUUGAAAGCUACAAGAAGACAGUAACUGAAGAAAUACGCAGUCUUAAACUGGAGAACACCGCUCUGCAAGAUGAAGUUGCCAACCUAAAAAAAGUAGGCCAAGAUAAUCUUCAGCUGCUUCAGGAAGCAGAAUACACUAAGACCAAAGCAAAAGAAGAAUGUGCAAGGAUGCUUUUAGAAGUCCAGACAAAGCUUGCACUAAAAGAAGCAGAAACAGAGAGAACAAAAGUGUCUUGCCUUGCACAAAUGACUAAACUUCAGGAAGAACUGGAAGAGCAAACUGAAGAUCUGAAAAGGAAACUGGAAGUGGAAAGAUCAAGGAAAACCAUAAAUGAAGAUGUGACCUCUAGCUUAAAAGAAGAGAUAAAGACCUGGCGUAAUCUAUAUGAAGAUUUAUAUAACAAAACUAAGCCUUUUCAGCAACAGCUAGAUGCAUUUGAAGCAGAGAAGAAUGCACUCUUAAAUGAGCACGGUGCAGCCCAAGAAGAACUGAAUAAACUAAGUGAUGCAUAUGCUAAACUACUUGGCCACCAGAACCAGAAGCAAAAAAUCAAGCAUGUUAUGAAGUUGAAGGAAGACAAUACCCACCUGAAGCAGGAUGUCUCAAAACUGCGUGCAUUGCUAGCAAAAGAAAAGCAAACCAACAGAGAUCUUCAGGAGCAACUAUGUGCAAUUCAGGGCAUUAGGCGUUUUGAUCCUUCCAAAGCCUUCCAGCAUGAUAGCAAGGAAAACAUUCCUCCAAAAACUCCUCUUAAAGAAGCGUACCCAUUACAGCCAGUCAGGUGACAGGCUGUGUGUCCUGCAUGGAUGGUAGGGGUGGAAGUGGCUCAGCCAGAGGUUUGAGCCCUGGUUCUUUAGCUGCUACCUGGUGGGUCCUUAUACUGCUGCAGGUGUAAAGGUAAGAUGCAAAAGGCCUGCAGAUGAACGUAGAGUGGAGGGAAGGAUGGCAAGCACGUAGGGGCGCACAAAGGGUAGCAGUGUAGGAGAGAGUGUGGCAGGGUAUAGAUCUCAACCAGACCUUCAUUUUACAGUGUAUUCCAGGGUCUGAAAUUCUGUCUUGCCUGUUAUGUGGAGUGUAGUGCCUUCCUCCCCCCCAGCAAACAAAUAAUUACUUGAUGUGGUGGGAGCAAUAGUGAAAAACCCAAACUUAGUAACAUUCUUCCAUUGCAGGUAAUAAAAUUUAAUCUCUUCUUGGUGUGAAGAAAAAUAUCAUAAAUUGCCAAUAAAUUCAUGUACUACAGAAGACUUCAACAGACUACUUGUUCAAGGUGAACUUGGAUGCUGUAUAUAUUACAAAUUAGUAGUAGUACUAGAGAAAUGGUCUAAAAUGUUACAUUUUUAGAAAAAUUAUUUACACUCUUACUGAGAAGCCACACGUGGCUGGAUGUUCCAGACUCCUAGUAACAUCGUUGUACUCUUGAACUCUGAAGAGUGUUCGCUGUUUCACUUUUUCGCAUGCUGAAGCUGCUUAGCUUCAUUUCUACAGAGCAGCUUCAGUUCAGAAAAGGGUGAAUAAACACUGGAGAGUAAGGAUGACAGAUGAAAUCUGAUUUCAUAUAAGAUUUUUUUUUUUUGCAUCUAUCUCAUGUAUACAAUUUUAUGUUAAAUUAAUUUUGCUGUUUAUGGUUGCUUCAAUACCAAUGGCAGGAAUGCUGCCAAGCGAUCCUUUUCUUCUGCGGCCUACAUAAUGUAGAACCAAUGUAGAAAAUUGGACUGUACAGUUAGUUUUGAUAUUCUUAAUGGGAUCUAUACUUAGGACAUGCUAAUUUAAACCCUGGGGCUAGAUAUUGCAGCUGUUGAUCUUCAGAAGAGGAUUUUUCAGGUCAAACUCAAAUUGACUGCAUUUACAUAAAUGUCUGCAUACUGUGAUUAAGAUUAGUGCUUUAAGAGACAUGUCUAUUUUAUGAGUGUUGUGCUCACUGGGCUUUUAAAUUGUCAUAUCUUUGUAGCCAGCCGUUGUAAUUGAUCAAUGUUAAGCGAAGGGGAAUAACAACAGAACUUGUCUUAAUGGGGUGGGAGGAUACCCACUGUACAGGCAUUCACAUUGUACAGACUUGAAUUUUGGCAGGGUGGAAAGGAUCUGUUUAACUGCAUCUAAAAUUAAGAACGUUUUAGCACAAUAAAAAUUUUAAAUUAAAGAAUUUGUCUAUUUCCUUCAUAAAUCAGGGAUAAAAACCAAACUAAAAUUACAUCAUGUAAUUGACGUAAUAUUCUUUAUUCGAGUCUUAAAUCUUCAUAACAAAGCCCAAUGUCAGUCUUGCUCAGACUAUAUAUUUUCUAAUCUUACAGAAAUUAUUUAGCUAAGCUGUACAAUACAUACAACCUGCAAUUCCCUUAUCCUCUCAUUUCUUGUGAAUUUCUCUUAAUACAAAAGUAAAUACUGGAACUUAAGUGAAAUGUGGAACUCUGUUUCUGUUAUUGUAUCUACUAAUAUCCUGCAUAGGGGUGCUGCAGAGAGACAAUACACAAAGCUUAGCAUGUUGACUAUAUUGCCAUUUAUACUGACAUUAUAAGCUUACAGAGGAUUGAUAAUAUGGGGAAAUGAGAUACCAAAAAUGCAUAUGAAGUCUAAGGAAAGAAAUUGCUAUGUCUUCUCUGUUAAUGUCAACUUCGUGUAUUUGCUGGAUUAUUUGAACUUCUGAAGACUAAGGAUGAGGAUUAACUUCAGGUGUUUGAAUUGAGAAAUACUUAGUGUUCAAUUUAGCAGUUUGCCUGAAGUGUUGAAAGGCAUAUUUUAAUAAGGAAGUUGCUGAAAGAAUUUAAUAUUGGAGUUAUCUCUCCUUAUGGAGAAAAAGAUAAGAGUUUUCUUGGCUGAAAGAUGUAAGUGGGGUGAGAGAAAAGCGUAGAGGAAACGUGCAUUAGUGUGACUCAUUUGAUGAGAACACAGACUUAUUAGAAAUCCUGAUGUUACACAGCCUUUAUAUCCACUAGCCAGUAGAUGUGAAAUGAGCAGUUGCUUAAACCAAACUCCUAGCGAACAGCAGGGGAAAUAGCAAAAUGGGGUGGUGGUGGUGGAAAUCUGUAAAUAAUUGAAAAUGGAAGAAGUAACAGUCCACAGCUAAUCACACUAGAGUUUUUAUCACAGGAUGGUAUUAAUCUUUCAUGCAUGGUUGCUGGAAGUUGCACGCUUUCUGUGCUGCUCCAGGCCAGGUUCGAUGGGGCUUUGAGCAACCUGGUGUAGUGGAAGGUGUCCCUGCCCACGGCAGGGGGAUUGGAAUUAGAUGAUCCUUAAGGUCCCUUCCAACCCAAACCAUUCCAGGAUUCUACUCAUAUGGGGAUUUUUAAGACAAAAUCACUAUUCAUAAAUCAGAACGUCAAAGUCUGUUGAAAAGCUUUCAUGUCAAAAAAUGAAAGACAUCCUUAGCUUAAUGUGUUUUUAAAAAUGUGAAUAAGCCUUUUAUUUCAAGAGAGAUGAGGGCAAGUGAAUGUUAACAGAAGGUUCCACAAAACUCGAAACAUGGAAAUGGGGACACUGACUUAAGGUACGUUUUUUAACUGAACCUCAGUUUUGGUGUUUGACAUGUCCUGCAUCAAGUUAGCAAGAGUUUGUCCAAGGGUGAUAGUAUACCAAUUGAAGCAAAAUACUGCAGAUAUCACAGGACUAUGCUUUUAUGAUGGCCACAGCCUUAAUUUUUAAAACUUUCUAGCUUAUUUGGCAGUUAUGCUUAAGUGCCAUUUUAAAUCUUUUUUAGGCUAUCAAGAGCAUGCUUAUGUUGACAAAAGAAUAGGGAAAUUCUAGCAAAUAAUGAUGCUAGCCUUACAGCAAUGUUGAUUUUGGUUUUAGCUUUAAAAUAUAGGUAAAUAAUGUAGAGCAGAUGGGGAGAGAUGUAAAAAGUGGAAGUAAAGGGGAAAUUUUGAGUGCUUUGUGUCAACUUCAAUCUAAGUGGUUUUGUCAGUUUCAUGCAUGUGUGAAACCUUAAAAACUGAAACCUUGAUACUGGUAGCUCAACUGACUUAAGUAUUCACUGCAGGAAUCAAUUACUUUCAUGUUGUGGAACACACCUUUUUUAAUUGAAAAAAUACGUAAUUUUACAAGAAAUUAUUUCUCUGAUCAUCCAUCUCACUGUAUUGUAGGAAGAUUGGGGUUGUACUUAGUUUAAGCAUAAAAUGAAGAGCUGCUAGAAUCUUCAACCUGGCUGACCUAAUUAGAGCCCUCCUCCCGUUCCCUGUGAAAGGAAAACUGCAUAAGACUCAGUGCUAGUGCUUUGAAUAAAUUUUCUACACACAAUGGCUGCACUUGCUCAUGCUGGCUGUUAAGAAGUAAAAAUUUAAGUUCAUACUGAGCUGC